AUGUUGAGCGUCAAGAACUGCCGACAGCCCUCCUCGGUCGUGGCAGCAACAGUAGGAAGGUUUGUAGAUCGCCACGAAGAAUGUCUGUUCUCUGCUACGCUGGCGAAGGUCAUGCUGUGGCAACUGAACCCACAGGGCGAGCAUGACGAGCCCUUGCGUCUUUUCGGCUCGUGGCCCAUGUUUUCCGGCAUCACAGGAUGUGCGACACUGCAUGGAGACGACGAAGAAGUCGACAGCAUUCUCCUCCUCACCCGGUGCUUCUCAUGGAGUAUAGUGCGCUGGGACGACUCGACCAAGUCCUUCGAGAAAGUUCUCGUACACCUGAACGGAUCCCUUGAGAAGGUCAUAGCCCAGGGAAGGCUCCAGAAUCCCAGCCAAGGAGUCUACUUCCCGCUUCCCGAUGGUGCGCUGAUGUGUCAGAGGGCAGGGCCGAAGAGGGGGGAGGAGCUGGUGAUGGUAUGCUGCUGGAACACUAUCUUCCAUCUCUUCAACCUUCAGAGAUCAAGAGGGGGCAUGCAUCUUUGGAUCAGAACAUCAGGAGGCUCGACAGAGUACAAUCUUGUGAAGGGAGUUCCAGGGCCAAACACGAGACUGAUCUCCUGGUGCUUCCUGCUGCCCCCGAACGACACGGACUUCGAAGACUGCCCGCUGAUGGCGUUGUUGUUCGAAGAUGAGAAGGGGAUUGUAGACCUGGAGACAUGCUCGAUCAAGUACGAAGAAUCCAACAAGCUCAACUUCAAUCUGCUUCAAGGCCCUUGGAGCUUUUCUACUCUACACCCUGAGACGAGCCUGGGACGGAACUUGGAGGUGGGUGCGUUCUUGUAUCCUCAUCUUCCAUCAUCGCAGUGGGCGAUCAGGAUUACAUCUCGUUUCGCGGUCGCUUCCUCCCUUGCAGUGCCGGCAGGCCCAGGUUCGAACCGGAAGAAGAGGAGUAUGCAUUGGAUCUUGGGUUCGAACGACGGGCAGAUGCAUAUCUUGUCAGUGUCGGGAGAAUCAAAAUCAGCCAACGUGACGAUCAAUGUGAAGCGAAUCGACACAAACAUUCCGCUGUCCAACCCGCGGGUCGCAACGAUUUUGAGAUCUCAAGAAAGAACUCUGCAGCUCUGGUGUACAAAGACUGGCUACACAAGCAUCCUCGACAUCACCAAAUUGUCCCAUCACAUUGAGAACAAUUCUCAAACAGAUCAAGAGAUUCCUGGGGUAGAAGUCAUGUGCAGCCCUUUCGAAGAGUCGCUGGGAAGUAUCAAAGAUGCGAUAGCCGUUGAUUUCCUGGGCGAUGGAGAAAUGCAGCUGCUUCUUGCCUGUGGAGAAGGGUCUGAUUCCUGCCUGAGAUUGUGCAGGAGCGGGUUGGAAGUGUCGAAGAUUAUUGAAGAAGGGCCGGAAAUGCCCGAGUGUAGCGACAUCUUUGCACUGAGAGGCCUCCACAUCCUGCAUGUGCAACCCCAUGACAACGGCAGCAACAUUCAGCGUCUUCGAGCUUUUGAUUCUCACCUGGUGUUCUCGUUUGCCUCUAUCAAUCAGACCAAGGUUUUGGAACUUGACGGGCAUGAAUUCGUGCCAGUGACUCUACCAGGAUUGUGCGAAGACGCAAACACAGUCUUCAUCACAUCGCUACCUCAUGGACACCUUGUACAAGUCACAGAGAUGGAGAUCCGAUUGAUCAACAUGAGAAAGUCUGUCAUGAACUCAAGUCAGGAAGAUUAUCUUCACGUUUGGACUCCGAAAAUUGGAAACAUCAACAUGGCAAGCGUUGUCAAGUACGACACGUCGAUCAAGACAGAUGGCAACCAAUCUUUGACUCCUCAUCAGCUUGCUUCUCUUGUUGUUGCCGUUGACAGCGUACUGAGUCUGUUUGAAAUUCUUACACACUCCAACAAAAAGUCAGAAGUCAAACUAAAACACUCUCGUCAGUUUGAACACCAGAUCUCUGCGGUAUGGCCCAAUGAGGUCCACAUGUUGAAAAACGACAGCAUGGAAGUCAAGCUUCCGGACAAGCUUUCAUAUCAACAAUACAACCAACAUUGUGUUUGCGAUCAAGUUGCUGUGGUAGGGUCAAGCACGGGAAUCGCCCAUAUCUUUCCUAUACCAUCCAAGACAUCAGGGAUUGUGGACGUCAUGACGUUGAUAGAAGUAUGUUCUCUGCGGGUGGGAGAAACGGCAGUGAGCAUACACGUGGAGGAGACGGAGCAGGCAGUUCAUGGGAUUUUCCUCCACUCCAACUACAACGCCUGGAUUCAUUUGCGGUCAGGGGAGUUGGAGGUCAAGAGGAUCAACGGAAUUGAGAAAGUCAAGGCUGUCUGCAGCUUACACACAGAGCUGAUGCCGACUUCUUUGGUCUGGAUCAACGAGAAGGAUUGCUUGCAAUUUGGCAAGUUGGCAGAAGACAGGCAAACUUCAACCAUCUAUCAGAGGAGCGUGAAGCUUGCGGAGAACGUAGUGUCGAUGACCCACAGCUCAAGACAUCGAUGCCUCCUCCUCCUCACUGAAAGCCCCGUCGACGCUAGCAACAGGAUGAGAAUUUUCAGCGACGACUCUCUGCAGGAGAUCUGGAGCAUGCAGCUCAUGCCAGGGCACAUGUGGUCGCUGAUAGCAUCUUCGAAGCUUCAGACUGACAUACCUUCGGCACUUGAUCCUGAAGCAGCAGCGAUCGACUCAGAGAUCUUCCUCACCGUCUCCUAUGUAGAGACGAACGAUCCAAAAAGCUCCGCGUCUUCAUACUUACAGGACAAAGAAGAAGACAAACAGAGAGAGGACGACUCUCAAGAAUUUCAACGAGGAGAGAAGGCAGUGAUAGCAGCGUGGGAGAUAGAAAGUGUCAUCUCAAAACCUCGGGAGGACCAAGAUCCUGAUGUUACGUUCGAUAUCAGACUGAUUGGCAUCAAGGAAGUAAAGAAGGUGUUCACAUACCUUCAUUCUACAGAUCAGUUUGGAGUCUUCUUCGCUUCAGCAGCGAGCGAGUUGUUCCUUGUCAAAUGCUCUUCUCUUGACGAGAGAGAUGCGGCAUCCUUUGACAAAGAGAUGCAAGCUACAGGGAGAAGAUUUGGGAGGAUAGGAGAGCUCCACAUGAAGCUGAAAGUUGACAUCUUACCGGGGGAACCCGACCAUAAGAUACCUUACGUCGGCAAGGGACUCGUCCACGACGGCUCUUACAAGGACGGAUCAGCCUGCGCGUUGAGGUGGCUAGGAGACAUGGAUUUAAUUGAGAUACAUUCGAACAAUCUCCCACCUUCGCCUGGCUCAGAAUUGUUCGAGGUUGUGGCGAGUCUUCACCCUGAUAGGGAGGGGCUGCAUGAGAUUGUGAGCUGCAAACUCUUUGAUAAAAGUCGAGGAGUAGUCGGAGAUGCUCUUGGAAAUCUCUUGAUCUUUGAGAGACUUGGUGAUCGGAUCGCUGCUCUCUUCUGCAUGAACGCAAGAUCCGGAGGAAUAACACGCAUCAUGGAGGGUAGAAUGGGAUUGCACUUUCUCAACAAGGUCGAUGAGGUAUGCUGA